UGAUUCCGGCCAGGAUCAACGCACGUCGCUGUGAAAUAAAGAAAACCGACGCCGAAAAAUCUUUAUAUCAUAUCGUCCACCAUUUAAGAAAUUUCUACGGAAGUUACAACUCUAGAACAGAGAAAUAAUUUGAAAAGUUUACGGCUCAUUUCAGGGAUGCUAGGAGUGAGGAGUAUUGCUGUUCAAUUUCUGCCAUUUUAAGCAUAGAAACUGAAACAUGACGCAGUAUUUGCCUCCGAAUUUGUUGGCUCUGUUUGCUCCACGCGAGCCCAUUCGCUAUCUUCCUCCUCUUGACAAGCUGCCUGAGGAGAAAAGAACCGACGGUUACAGCGGAAUAUCAAGCUAUGUACAACUCUUUGAGGAUCCGGCAGAUACCCCUCCACCAGCCCGAGGAGAAACAAGAGAAGAGAAACGUCUUCGCAAGAUGAAGGAGAAGGAGGAGAUGUGCAAGCAAAAGCUCGAGAAUGAAGUUGAAGAAUGGGAUGCCCAUAGUAACGCAAGUGCGACAUCCAAUGCCUUCAAGACACUCUUUAUAGCCCGUGUGAACUACGAUACCACAGAGUCUAAGCUGAGAAGAGAGUUUGAAUCCUAUGGUCCUAUCAAAAUGAUCAGCAUUGCCCAUGACAUCAACACAGGGAAGCCUAAAGGAUAUGCUUUCAUCGAGUAUGCCCAUGAGAGAGAUAUGCAUUCUGCCUAUAAGUACGCUGAUGGUAAGAAGAUUGACAGCCGUAGGGUUCUGGUAGAUGUGGAGAGGGCUAGGACUGUCAAGGGAUGGACACCAAGAAGGCUAGGUGGUGGUUUGGGAGGGACGCGUAGAGGAGGACCAGACGUGAACUCCAGGCAUUCAGGCAGAGAUGAUCCAUCUGGAAACAGGGAAAGAGAACGUGAACGGGAACGGGAGGACGAAGAAAGUGAUCGCCGUGAAAGAGACGAACCAGAACGUGACCGUGAAGAGAUAGAGAUCGCGAGAGGAGACGUGACAGAGGGGAUCGCGGCGAUCGUGGGGAUCGAGGUGAUCGUGGUGACCGAGGUGAUCGUGGGGAACGAGGGAACGACGAGACAGAGGAGAAAGAGGAGAAAGAGGAGACCGCGAGCGCAGGAGGAGAGGUGAAAAUGAAGAGCGAGAGAAGGAUCCUGAACGGGAUCGCGACAGGGACCGCGAGCGUGACCGUGGUGGACGACGUGACAGAGACCGCAGUGAGCGGGGCGAGCGGGAUCGUGAUCGCGG